GGUGUUGAGAAGAGAUGGGAGGAAAUUUUGAUAGUAACAGAUUGGAUAGCAAAGGUGAUAUGUUGGGCUUCAAGUUUCUGUCUUGUGUCAGGGAGGAAGCAACGGCCUAAAACUCAACCUAAUCCUAAAUCCCAGGCUCGUCGUAUUCGGAAGGAACCACCAGCUUACGCAGCAGGCAGUUUGGAGGAACAAUGGUACCUAGAAAUCGUGGAUAAAGGCAGUGUCUCCUGUCCUACCUGCCAGGCGGUGGGGAGGAAGACCAUAGAGGGCUUAAAGAAACACAUGGAGACCUGCAAACAGGAAAUGUUUACUUGUCAUCACUGUGGGAAACAACUUCGUUCACUGGCAGGGAUGAAGUAUCACGUGAUGGCAAAUCAUAAUAGCUUGCCCAUUUUGAAGGCUGGAGAUGAAAUAGACGAACCAAGUGAGAGAGAGCGGCUCCGAACAGUUUUAAAGAGACUGGGAAAGCUCAGGUGCAUGCGCGAGAGUUGCUCUAGUAGCUUCACCAGCAUCAUGGGAUAUCUGUACCAUGUCAGAAAAUGUGGCAAAGGGGCUGCAGAGCUGGAGGAGAUGACCCUGAAAUGUCACCACUGUGGAAAGCCAUAUAAAUCGAAGGCUGGACUUGCGUAUCACCUGAGGUCAGAGCAUGGGCCUAUCUCAUUCUUUCCAGAGUCAGGACAGCCAGAGUGCUUAAAGGAGAUGAGCCUGGAGCCAAAGAGUGGGGGUCGAGUUCAGAGGCGUUCUGCCAAGAUAGCUGUGUACCACCUGCAGGAGCUGGCUUCUGCUGAACUGGCCAAGGAAUGGCCUAAGAGGAAGGUGCUUCAGGAUUUGGUGCCUGAUGACCGGAAGUUAAAAUAUACUCGCCCUGGGCUUCCUACCUUCAGCCAGGAAGUACUACACAAAUGGAAGUCAGAUAUCAAGAAAUAUCAUCGCAUUCAGUGCCCUAACCAGGGUUGUGAGGCUGUCUACAGUAGUGUAUCAGGCCUUAAGGCUCACCUGGGCUCUUGUACCUUGGGAAACUUUGUGGCUGGAAAAUACAAGUGUCUUCUGUGUCAAAAAGAAUUUGUGUCAGAGAGUGGUGUCAAGUAUCACAUCAACUCUGUCCACGCCGAGGUGAGGUCCCUGCUUUUCCCAUCAUGUUUUUGUAAUCCUUGGAACCCAUACAUGUGCCCCAAGAAAGGUGGAAUUUGUGUGUUGUGUUGGGCUAGGACUGCCAAGGAAAGUAGCUUGAAAGUGGUUACUGGAGACAUUGGAGUUAAAAUACUUUGUAAAAUUAGAUGCAUAAUUAUAUUUUCUAUGAAAGCAUUUGUAGUCAGUAUAAGUCUGAGCAUCCUUGAGCUCUUCUGAGUCUUUUAAAUUCAGUUAAAUCAGGCAUGUGGGCAGUAGGCUGAGUUUACACCUUUGGAAUUCUUGUUUCCUGACGUUCUCCAUACUUCCGUUUUCUAGUAUUCUAAUUAAUGUUGUGGAGCAACCUGUUUUUAAGGUUGUUUAAAAUACCGCAAAGAGGGGCGCCUGGGUGGCUCAGUCGGUUGGGUGACCGACUUCGGCUCAGGUCAUGAUUUCACGGUCCGUGAGUUCGAGCCCCUCAUCGGGCUCUGUGCUGACAGCUCAGAGCCUAGAGCCUGUUUCAGAUUCUGCGUCUCCCUCUCUCUCUGACCCUCCCCCGUUCAUGCUGUGUCUCUGUCUCAAAAAUAAAUAAACGUAAAAAAAAAAAAAAAACCCACAAAGAAACAACUAUGAAAGACAUUAAUGAGACAGCUGGAGUCAUUGGAAUACGACUCUAUUAAAUAAUCAUAAUGAGUCAAUGUUAAUGUUCCCAAAUGUGAUCAUUGUAUUGUUUUGCAGGGGAAUGCCCUUGUUCUUAGGUAGAUAUAUGCUGAAAUUUUUAGGGAUGAAAUACGCCUGAAAAUAAAUUGCAAAUGGAAGAAGGAAGAAAGGAAAGAGAGGUUAACGAUGGUAAAUCUAGGGUUCAUUGAACUAUUAGAACUUUUCUGAAGGUUUGUACAUUUUGACAAUUAAAAAACAAAUUCUGUGUAAAAGUGUUCUAAAGUUCAGGGGUGCCUGGGUGGUUCAGUUGGUUGAGUGUUCGACUUCGGCUUAGGUCAUGAUCUCGCAGUCUGUGAGUUUGGGCCCCUUGUUGGGCUCUGUGCUGACAGCUUAGAGCCUGGAGCCUGCUUUAGAUUCUGUGUCUCCCUCUCUCUCUGCCCCUCCCCUGCUCACGCUCUCUCUCUCUUUCUCUUUCUCUCUCUCAAAAAUAAACAUUUGAAAGAAAAAUUUUUAAAAAUGCUUUAAAGUUCAGAAAGCUGAGUCUUUUUUUUCUCUUAGGGCAAGUUUUUAGUAAUAUAGGUGAGUAGAGAAAUUGUUUCCUGUAUAAUUAAAUACCCGUAUUGCAAAAGCUAAAGGAGUAGAGUGCAUUCUCUUGGAAUAUCUGACUGCAGAAACUAUUGUUGCCUGAUAAGGAAAAAUAGCAAGCACCUUCAGCUGUUCUCUGCCCUCACAUUUAAUAGUUUUUAACAAUGUGGGCUGUAGUUAGUGUCAUCAAAUGUGGUUCUUGUUGUUUUACCAGUUUAAGCUUUGGGAGGCCCUUUCCAUGUCUGAGAUUUCUUCUGGAAUGCAGUCCUAUCUUUUUUUUAUAAUAAUAGUGUACCUUUUUAUGCUUCAGGAAGUACUUAAAAGGUAAUUAUCUCGAGGUCCCUGGGUGGCUCAGUUGGUUAAGUGCCUGAUUGUUGAUUUUGGCUCAGGUCAUGAUCUCAUGGUUCCUUAGUUUGAGACCCGUGUCAGGUUCUACACUGACAGCUCAGAGCCUGAAGCCUGUUUCGGAUUCUGUGUCCUCCUCUCUCUCUCUGCCUCUUCCCCGCUUGUGUACGUGUUUUCCCUCUGUCUCAAAAAUAAAUAAAUAAACAUU